CCUGACGGCCGUCCGCCUCUACAGCAUCACCGUCCUGCUGGGCGCUGCCCUCCUCCUCCUCCUCCUCCCGCUGGCACCCGGCAGCACCCAGGCUCCGAGCGACACUAAGCAGGAGGACCUGGAGCGGGAUUUGGCCAUGGAAAGCAUCCUGGGCCCACGAGCCGUGGAGAUGCUGGAGGAGGGGGAGAUCACCGAAGAGGUGGAACCAGGUAUAAAGGUCUUCUCCAGCAGUGCCUGGGCUCAGUGGGGCCACCACCAAGUCCAGGUGGAACCAGAAGAGGACCUCGAUCACCUCCACCACCCCGAGGACGACGCCAGGGAGGCUAACGACCACGGCUCACCCCAGAUGCUGUCCCUGGAGGUGGAGAAUGGCCCGGAGGAGGACCUCGAUCAUCUCCACCACAGCUGA